CUUGUCGUUUUAAAUAUUCUAUGUGAUAGAUCCGUAUUGUUUUUGUUGUGGAUUUGAAAUUUUCUCGAGUUUGAAAGAUCGCGCCAACUGCCUCUUAACUGCUAAGUGUGAGCGGGACAGCUCUAUAGCUACGUAAAAACAGUGCUGAGCAACGGCUAAAGCUAAAAACUGUGCUGUGUAGCAUCGAAAUUUGAACUUUGCCCCACAGCUGAUUUUCCGGUCCAAGAGAAUUUUUGUAGCUUAAUCCACUAAGAUGGCACAGGCAAUUAAGUUGUAUUAUGAUUUUUUGUCGCCGCCAUCGCGGGCUGUUUGGUUAGCGCUUAAAUUAAGUAAAACGCAGUUUGAAGCUUGUCCCGUAGCACUGCGCAAACGUGAGCAAUUGACCGAUGAGUACAAGAAGAUUAAUCGUUUCCAGAAGUUGCCUGCACUGGUGGAUGGCAACUUUCACCUUUCUGAGAGUGUCGCCAUGAUCCGUUAUCUUUCGGAUAAAAAUCAGCUGAGCCAGCAGCUUUAUCCAAAAGAUCUGCAAACGCGUGCUCGUGUGGAUGAGUAUUUGAUGUGGCAGUUUCGAAAUGUGCAUGUGCCCUGUGGCACAUACUUCGUAAAGGGUUGGCUAUUGCCCAUUAAUGGACUCGCACCCAAGCCCAAGCCGGAGGUGGUCGCAAAACUUGUAAAAGAUGUUGAAACCUGUUUGGAUCUUCUCGAGCGCUUUUGGAUGACGGAUGACUACUUGGUCGGCAAUAAGCUAACAGUGGCAGAUUUGUCUUGCGCCUCGGAGAUAGAACAGCUGAGACUCUGCCAGUUCAAUGUGAACGAACGUCAGUUCCCCAAGGUGGCCAAAUGGUUAGAGCGCGUGCGCAACGCAUCCAAGCCUUAUAACGAUGUCGCCUACGAGUUCGUUUACCAAAAGUCCAAGCAGGCAGCUAAACUGUAGGUUAAUCUUGUCCGGUUCUUAAACAAUUUAUGACAAAAUUUGAUUUUCGUUUACUGUCUUAAUUGUGCCUGAUGGUAUUACAUUUAUUUUCGGCCUGUUUGAUAUGCUUUAAGCCGACUUUAACGGACUUUUGAAUUUAUUUUGCCUGCCUAAAAAAUAUUUGUAUAGUUAGAC